AUGGGAAACUUUUGUCAGAAGUACUGCAUCUGUUUGGAGCCCCACAUCCCUUGCUUAUUCUCAGGGAGAGACAGUGAGCAGGAUGAGAAAGGCGGCCAAGUCUUCACCAACCUUGCUGUGGUAAGGCACGACUUCCAAGCAGGACAGAAAGACAGCAACAGAAAGAUAAAAGAAAAACCUUUACCUCCACUGCCUGGCCAGCAUCUGGUGAAUAUUUGCAGAUUUGUGGCACUCUUUGACUAUGAGGCUCGUACUGAGGAGGACUUGAGCUUCCGAGCCGGGGAUAAACUUGAAGUUCUGAAUGCAUCCCAUGAGGGCUGGUGGUAUGCUAGGCUCCUCCUGCCAGCAGGGUCAGUCUCUCCUGGCCGCAAGCUCCAGGGCUACAUCCCUGCCAACUACAUAGCUGCUGACCAGAGCAUCGAAGCUGAGCCAUGGUUUUUUGGCCCAAUCAAACGAGCAGAUGCCGAGAGACAACUGUCAUACCCUGGAAACCAGGCAGGAGCCUUCCUAAUCCGAGAAAGUGAAAGCCUGAAAGGCGAAUACUCACUUUCAGUUUUUGAUGGUGUAUCUGUGAAGCACUACAGGAUCAGAAAGCUGGAUGAAGGAGGCUUUUUCUUAAGCAGAAGGAAAACUUUUAAAACUCUGAAUGAGUUUGUUGACUAUUACAGUAAGAACAGCGAUGGCCUCUGUGUGGUUCUUGGAAAGCCAUGCCCAAAGGUUCAAAUUCCUGCCACUUUUGAUUUGUCGUAUAAAACUGUCGAUCAGUGGGAGAUUGACCGACAGUCUCUGAAAUUGUUGAAAAAAUUAGGAUCUGGUCAGUUUGGUGAGGUAUGGGAAGGACUGUGGAAUAAUACCACCCCUGUGGCAAUUAAAACAUUAAAACCAGGUUCAAUGGAUCCAAAGGACUUUCUGAGGGAAGCACAAAUAAUGAAGAACUUGAGACAUCCAAAGCUUAUACAGCUUUAUGCUGUUUGUACUUUGGAGGACCCAAUUUAUAUUAUUACUGAGCUGAUGAGAUAUGGAAGUCUUCUAGAAUACCUUCAAAAAGAUGCUGGCUCCCAAAUCUUCCUGCCACAACAAGUAGACAUGGCUGCUCAGGUGGCUUCCGGGAUGGCUUACCUUGAAUCCCAGAACUAUAUCCAUCGGGAUCUGGCAGCCAGGAAUGUUCUUGUUGGUGAACAUGGUGUUUACAAAGUGGCAGACUUUGGACUUGCAAGAGUUUUUAAGGUAGAGAAUGAAAACGUAUAUGAAGCUAGGCCUGAGACAAAACUCCCAGUGAAAUGGACAGCCCCAGAGGCAAUCCGCUACAACAAAUUCAGCGUUAAGUCAGAUGUCUGGUCAUUUGGAAUACUUCUGUUUGAAAUAAUCACCUACGGGAAGAUGCCUUAUGCUGGUAUGACAGGACACCAGGUGAUCCAGAUGCUGGACAAGGGGUACAGACUUCCUCAGCCGGAGACCUGCCCAGCACCAUUCUACCAGCUGAUGCUGCAGUGCUGGAGUGCGGAGCCAAGCGGGCGGCCCACCUUCGAGGCCCUCUGUGAGCAGCUGGAGACCUACUUCGAGACUGACUCCUCGUCAUAUGCUCACGCCCAGGCUGUGGUGAAAUGA